AUGAACUCGAACUAUUACUCAAGAUUGCGCAGCCGGGCCAAGCAUCCAGCGAAAUUGCACAUUUGGGGAGGAAUCUCGAUCAGAGGCACAACACAGCUGGCGAUUCUUCCAGGAACAUGUAGAAUCAACGGAGAGAUGUACUGCCGGAUUUUGGAGAAAUGCUACGUACCUUUUGUCAAAAAGAAUCAUAAUGGGUUUGCAAGAUUAGUUCAAGAUAACGCGCCGGCACACAAAAGUCGGUAUACCCUUAACAAGCUGCAAGAGUGGAACUUAACGACAUUGGACUGGCCAGCUGAAUCGCCUGACUUGAAUCCUAUAGAACUUGUCUGGGGCAAUAUGAAAAAUUAUAUCAGAGGGAAGAAUGUGAAGAACCUAGAAGAGUUGAAGGUCGCAAUUAUACAGUACUGGAAGACUCUAACGCCAGAAGUUUGCCGAAAGUAUAUCAUGGGAGUCCGAAAGAAGUUGCAUCGGGUCAUUGAGCAGGGUGGCAGAAAUAUAAUCGAGAAGCGAUAG